CAAUGAAACAAUUCUGCCAUCAUCAUUUAAUAUAAUAGCAAUGUUUAACAAAUUUAUUUCUUGUCAAAAUAAUAAUUCUCAUUAUUAUGAUUUGCAUAAUACUAAUAGACAAUAUGGCUUUUAUAGAAAAAAUUUUUCACCACCAUCAUCAUCAUCAUCAUCAUCAAAUACUAAAUAUUUGAUUUCAAUUUGGUCAACUAUUAUUCUAUCUUUAAUAUUCAUAACGACAAUCACGACAACAGUACAAGCGAUUCGUGAUCAACAUCAUCAUUAUACAAAUGAAUUUGCAUUAGCAUUGAAUAAUUGUUAUGAUCAUAUUGUCGAUAAUGAUGUUUACCAACAAAAAUAUCAUGAUAAUAUUGCCCAACAAUUAGCCGAUCGUUAUGGUUUUAUUAAUCAUGGAAAGGUUGGAACACUAAACUGUCAUUAUCUAUUUUCGCACAAUCAUGUUAGUAAACGUUCGGCUGAUUAUUCUCAUCAACAUCAUCGAUUGUUGGCCAACGAUGAACAGGUUCAUUGGGUUGAACAGCAACGAAUUUAUACACGCCAAAAAAGAGAUAAUCAAAAAUCAAAUUAUCGUUAUAGACGAACGAUGCCGGAUCCUAUUUUCAGAGAUAUGUGGUAUCUGAAUAAAGGAGCCCGUGGUGGAUUCGAUAUGAACGUUCAGAAUGCAUGGAAAAUAGGUUACACUGGUAAAGGUGUUGUCGUAACCAUUCUUGAUGAUGGUAUUCAACCUAAUCAUCCAGAACUUGUCAAAAAUUAUGAUCCUCAUGCCAGUUACGAUAUUAACGAUAAUGAUCCUGAUCCUACUCCUGCCGAUAAUGGUGAUAAUAAACAUGGAACACGAUGUGCUGGUGAAGUUGCAGCCGAAGCAUAUAAUGAUUUUUGUGGCGUUGGCAUUGCUUUUAAUGCUAGUAUUGGUGGUGUUCGAAUGUUGGACGGAAUUGUUACAGAUCAGGUUGAAGCCCGAGCCAUUGGCCAUAAUCCUCAAUAUAUAGAUAUUUAUUCGGCUUCAUGGGGACCAGAAGAUGAUGGCAAAACUGUUGAUGGACCAGGCAAAUUGGCCAAAAGAGCAUUCGUUGAUGGUAUACGUAAAGGCCGACGUGGCCGUGGAUCAAUUUAUGUUUGGGCUUCUGGUAAUGGUGGCCGCCGUUUAGAUAAUUGUAACUGUGAUGGUUAUACAAAUUCAAUAUAUACACUUUCGAUAAGUAGUGCUACUCAAAAUGGUAAUAAACCAUGGUAUUUGGAAGAGUGCUCAUCAACUUUAUCGACAACAUAUAGUAGCGGUACACCGAAUAAAGAUGGCAACAUAUUGACUUGUGAUCAGGAUACAUCAUAUUUUAAAGCAUUGAAAAAAGGGGAAAUACCAGAGAAAGAUAGUUUAUGUACUCGUACCCAUACUGGAACUUCUGCAUCAGCACCUAUCGCUGCUGCAAUCAUCGCGUUGGCCUUGGAAGCCAAUCCAAAUUUAACAUGGCGUGAUAUGCAACACUUGGUUGUCAUGUCUUCACGAUAUGAACCUUUACGGCAUGAAAAAGGCUGGACAACCAAUGGUGUUGGUAGAAAAUUUAGUCAUAAAUUCGGUUAUGGAUUACUCGAUGCCGAAUCUAUUGUUCGAUAUGCCGAAAAGUGGACAACAGUUCCAUCGGCUCGUAUUUGUGAAACAGCUACUCAGAUCAAAGAAUGGGAAAUACCGGCACAACAUCGAAAACAAUUGGAAGUUUCGUUGUUGACUAGCGGAUGUCGUGGAACAUCAAAUUAUAUUCGAUAUCUUGAACAUGUUCAAGCUAAGAUAACCUUGAAAUAUCAACCACGUGGUAAUCUAAAAAUUUCAUUGAUAUCACCUUCUGGAACCAUAUCGCAUUUGCUUUUCCCUCGGCCAAGAGAUAUGGAAGAUAUUUCAUUCAAUUCUUGGCCAUUUUUAUCCGUCCAUUUCUGGGGCGAACCUCCAGAUGGUACAUGGAGACUUGUGAUUCAAAACGAUGGCUCGAAAUCUAGUAUUGUACCAGGAAAAUUAUAUUCCUGGUCAUUGGUUUUCUAUGGAACGUUCGAGAAAACUUAUGCUCAACGUUUCUACAAUGAAACUAUACGUUAUUAUCCUCGAAGUACAUCGCCGGCAACGGCAAAAUUGAAUGACUGUGUUCCUCAAGGAUUAUAUAAGAUGUAUGAAUCGGAUGAAUGUGUGAAAAAAUGUCCGCCCAAACAAUGGACCAAUAAUGAUAUUGGCCAAUGUAUUCCUUGCAAUAAUGCCUGUGAUAGCUGUUUUGGGCCUUCAUCAGAUAAUUGUCUUUCAUGUACGAAUGGAUAUUUUUUUGAUUAUCAUUGUUUAGAUCGUUGCCCGGAUGGUUAUUAUGAAGAUAUUGAGCUUAAAGAGUGUUUACCUUGUUCUACAAAUUGUUUAACCUGUUCACAAUCACCUGAUAUUUGUAUAACUUGUAAAUCAUCUGAUUACAAAUUGAAUGAGAAAAAUCGUUGCUUGUUAGAUGAAGAAUACUCCAUUUCAUCCAAUCAAUUGUUAUGCCAUGAUAGUUGCGAAAAAUGUAAUGGAUCAUCAUCAAACGAUUGUUUGACGUGCAAAGAUGGUCUUAAAUUUUUCAAAGGUAGUUGCAUCGAUUUCGACUGCCCAGAAGGAUAUUACAACAAACAAAAAGAACGAUCAAUAUCGUGUGAAUCCUGUCAUUAUUCAUGCGAAACUUGUAAUGGACCUUCACAUUUUGAAUGUAAAUCUUGUUUCAAAAAUUCGACCCUAGUAAAUGGAACCUGUUAUCUUUGUCUGGAAGGUCAUUUUAUGAAUCAAAUGAAAAAAUGUGAAUUAUGUCAUUCAUCUUGUUCAACAUGUUCGGGACCACUUGCCAGCGAUUGUAUCACCUGUAAAUCGGGACUUUUCAUGGAUAAUAUGCGUUGUGUGCCUUGCUGUCAAAAUAUGCUAAACGAAUUUACCGAAUGUUGUCGUUGUGUUAAUCCGGAUGGUCCUUGUGCUUCAAUAGAUGUACCACGCAGUAUUCAAACAAUCAACGAUAAACCGGAUCGAAAUAUCAUUUCAAUUCAUCAAUUGUUUGGCUUUGUUUUCAGUCAUUUCUCCAUAUACAUCUUGUUGAUCAUAUUGUUCAGCAUAAUUGUUUUAAUGAUAUUACAACGACAAGUUAAAUCAUUCGGAUUGAUGAAUCGUAAACGUUCAGAAUCAUUUUAUCAUGUUAACUAUCAAAAAUUAAACUUUAACAAAUCAAGUCGUCGGCGAAACAUUGAACGAUCAUUGGAUGAAGAUUAUGGCGAUGUCGAUGAUGAUGAUGAAGAACAUACUCUGUUCCAAAAAGUCUGAAUUUCUAGGAAAGAAUUUUCUAGUCUUAAUUUUUUUUAUUUUGUUUAUUUUUUUGUAUAAAAGAAAAAAAACGCAAAAAAUGCUGAUACAAUAAGUUAAAAAAAUUGAUUUGUAUAGAAAAAAAAUUACUAUUUUUGCAAUUGAAUCCAAUUUGAAUAAAUUCUAUGAAUAUUUUUUCAUUUUGAUUCUUUGUUACAAAUUCUGUAUGUCUCUGUGUUUGGGUGGAUGUGAUGUGAAAUUAAAUUUCAAAGGUCAUCAUGGAA